AUAUCUCUCUUACAGCUCCAAGAGCCACGGAGCAACAAACCCCAUAUAUUAAGGAGUUCGCCGAGAGAAAACGAACAUGCCGACGAACAACACACCGUUCCUUAGAAUGUUUCUCAUCUUCCUGUGUUUACUCUGGUUCGAUUCAUUUACCGGUUUAGAAGCAGCGACAGGAAAAUUAGCUUCGGUUCCGGGAUUGUACGUGUUCGGAGAUUCGUUGGUUGAUGCCGGAAACAAUAAUUACUUAGCAAUCUCCAUAUCCAAAGCUAAUUAUCCACAUAACGGCGUCGACUUUCCUAACAGGAAAGCCACCGGAAGAUUUUGUAACGGCAAGAACGCUGCUGAUGCUAUCGCUGAGAAAUUUGGAUUGCCGUUACCACCGCCGUAUCUCUCACUGAAAGGCCCAUUUAAAGAGGAAAAGAAAAAAUCUGCCGCCAUGACCGGUGUGAAUUUUGCUUCAGGGGGAGCUGGAAUCUUCAACAGUUCCGACCAUAAACUUGGACAAGCUAUUCCUUUAUCACACCAAGUGAACCAUUGGCUCUCUAUUCAUCAAGAACUGACGAGUCAACUUGGACCAGCCGAAGCACAAAACCAUCUAUCUAAAUCUCUGUUCGCUGUGGUCAUUGGCAGUAACGAUCUUUUUGACUAUUUUGGGUCGUUCAAACUUAGACAAAAGACCAAUCCUCAACAAUAUACACAAUCAAUGGCUAAUGAACUCAAAAAGCAACUGAAGAGAAUUCACGAUACUGGAGCACGUAGAUUCCUAGUAAUCGGAGUAGCAGAGAUUGGUUGCAUACCGGGGAAAAGAGCGAAGAACUCGACGGUCCAUGAAUGUGACGAAGAGGCAAACACGUGGUGCUCUUUGUACAACGAAGCUCUAGUAAUGAUGUUGCAACAACUCAAACAAGAGCUGCAAAGUUCAAUGACUUACUCUUACUUUGACAACUUCAAGUCCUUGCAUGACAUUAUUUCCAACCCCGCCCGUUACGGUUUUACUGACGUGACAUCAGCAUGUUGUGGAAAUGGGAAACUAAACGCAGAUAUUCCUUGUCUUCCAAUCGCGAAGUAUUGUUCAGACAGAACCAAGUAUCUAUUCUGGGAUCGCUACGGUCAUCCCACGGAAGCUGCUGCUCGGACCCUUGUGGAUCUUAUGUUAUCUGAUGAUUCACAAUACUCAUCUCCGCUAACUCUCGCUCAACUGAUCUCUUUAUGAUCAAUACGGCUUAAUUUUUGAAUUAUUAUAACAUCAAAUAUACAUGGAUUUGGGAGACUUAUAAUCAAGUAUAUGAGCUAACGUUUGUUAGCAAUGAAAUAAAUAUUUAUUAUAUUGACUA